AUGAUAUUAAGGAUCUUUCAUAGGCCGACACGAGCUGAGCCCAGAAAGUAUAUAGCGAUCCAUUAUGCACUAAAGACUAGUUUUGAUGAAGAUGAUAAUUAUCUUAAGACAGUUCAAAUAGAUGCUGGAGACAAUUCUCUCUUUACUGGUCUGCAGGCUGAUUGGUUACCUCAUUGCCAGGAGAGUGUUGAGUGGCGACGUUUAGGCCGACCAUCCAGGUGUGUCCAUGUAGAAGUAGACUUUGUUCCUUUUUCUGAAGAAUGUCUAGUAAAAGAUGCAACACGUACCAUCCUAGGUCAACCAAUUUUCCAUACGUACUGGACAGAUUGCUCGGAUGUAGAGGUCUACAAGAACUCAAUGCGAGACAAUCUUCAAACAUGGGUUACAUCAUUACGUCAACAAGGAAUCACCGAUUGGAUGGUGAUUCUUUUAGAAACACCAGAUACACGCAAGGGUAACAAGCUUCUUCCUCGCACCACUGUUUUAGACAAAAUUAAGAAUGACUUUGGGGGUAAACAGGCUGAAAGGUGUGUUUCCUUAAUAGAUCCUUUGAAAACUGACUCUAGAUCAAUGGAAUCCUGGCAGACUCUUCUCACAAAAAUGAGACACUUACUGAUGAUAUCAUAUAACCGUGCACUAAAUAGGUUUGAGGAAAAUAUGAGAGCUGAACGUGAAAGACGGAUAGAGAAGUCUUGGUCAUUUUGUUCAUAUUUCUUACUUCAAGAAGAACUUGCACAAGUGUUUAGUUUGCUUGCCCUCCAUGAUGAAGCUUUAGUACAAUAUGAUGAACUGGAUGCUCUUUUCACUCAGUUUGUUCUCAAUUCUGCUCAUGGAGAUUCUCCGCCUUGGCUUGCUACCUUCAGCCAGCCUUGUGAGAAAUGGGAAGGUCUCCAUUUGACUUCAGAAUUGGACGUGGGUGUACAAGGGAAGAUCAGGAGUAAGGAAGUAACUCUUAUUGAAUUUCGAAAUUAUUUAUUCCAGCGACAGUGUGCUUUGCUUUUUCAGUUGAACAAACAUUGGGAGGUUGCAUCAAGAGCUUUGACUUUCUUGCAAAACACAGUAGGCGAACUAAAUAUUCUUGAGGUCAGUGUGGCACCAGGUGGAGUAGCAUGUUGGGGUGUGUUGUCAUGCCUUGAAAUAAUUGAUGCUCUGCAAAAUUACAAAGAACCAUCCACAACAGAUGCUCAUGCACUUCAUACUGCACCAUUAUGGGCAUAUGCUAGGGAUAAGCUGCAAGAACUUGGAACUUUAUGUGGCCUGAUGCCAGGAAGUGAAACAAAGAGUACACAACUUCACACGGUCAUAUCUCUUGUGUAUGGGAUGGGUAAUGACCCACAUAGCCAUGAUGAACCCAGUGAUGACCCAUCUGUACAUGACACACCAAUGACAAGACUGAAAGAUGCAUUGUCAUCUCCAGAAGCUUUUAAAAAGCAUUUUUUGGAUUUAUCUGAGGUUGCUAUCAGUACUUACAAGCAUAUAGGAAGGAUUCGAUCUGCUCGCCUAAUUGGAAAGGACCUGGCCACUUUUUAUAUGGCUCAAGGUGAGCCUCAGAAAGCUGCUACCUUCUUGACAGAUCAGCUAACUAUGUUUUUGGAUGAAAAAUGGCUGUUGUUAGCAGCGUACACUCAGUUAACUCUUGCUACCUGCUACCGGUCAACAUCAGAUUCAGAGAGGUACAUUCGGACAUGUGCACAGCUAGCAGGAAGUGAAGUAUUGAGUAAUGAAAUUAGGAAAGAACACUUUGAAAAAAUGUCUUCCGGUAUUCAGGAUGUUAUUAAAGAUUCACCACUAAUGAUACCUAGUGAAAGGAUUUUUGAAGUUACUGGCAUAAAGCUCAUCUCUGAGGAUAGAAUAAUCUUGGAUUCUGAGGUGCAAGUUGAACUUGGAGUGUUCAGUCAGCUUCCAGAAGAUCUUACGUUUAAGAGUAUUAGUGUUAUGUUGCAACAUUUUCAAGAGGACAAUGAAUCUUCAAGUAAACGUUCUUCAGAAGUAGAGCGGAAAACUAGUUCAUCUAGUAGUACAUCUCAACCAUCGACAAGGAAAACACUCCCGUCUAAUGUGGUUCAAAGAAGUGGAUCAAAUUCAGGAGACUCAGAGCAUCAGAGUGGGCCUUCAGACAGCUUAGAAACAGAUACUGCUAAAUUCAACUUGAUGACACAGCCUCUUCAUAUGAGUCUGCAUUUGGAAUAUAAACAAGAUAAAUCCCUUUCAUCAGCUGCUGUCACUUGCUCAAAUUCACAUAAAGUUCUAAGGCGGCGAGAUAGUCAAGGUGGCCUUUUUAAAUCUGAUCGAAAUGUGAUGAAGGAAGAAGUCAAAGAUAAACUGUGUGCAGAAAAUAUCAUCAUUAAACCUGGUCAGAACACUGUAAAAUUGUCUACAAAGGUAUCUAAACGAGGGAAGUUCACAGCAAUUCAGGUUGCCUUAUCUUUAGAAAAAGUUGAGUUCAUCUGUGGAAAAGCAAGUAUUGGAGGUUUGCCACUUUGCUUGGAAGUGGUCAGUGAAAAUCCUCGAAUAUUCUUGGGUCGAAGAGACAGAGAUCUUUUGGCCGGUAUUUACCAGCCAAUGGUUCUUACAGUUCACAGUGGAAGUUGGCAUGUUGCAAAUGGAACUUCAGUCAAACUACGAACAUCACGUGGUCUUACAGUUCGCCAGGACAAGGAAGACUCCGAAGUAAAAGCUUUGGAACGGGAAAUAGAAAUUUCUUUACCUGAAGUAGAUCCUUUCUCUUCUGUAGCAAUACCAUUAACUGUUUUGGCUGAUCUUGGUCCACAAAAGGAUGCUUCAACAGUUGAACACACAGUUAACAUUAGCAGUUCACUGAUAGAGCAACGAGCAGAUAUUGAUGUACACUUUAUUCCGCCAUUUAUGUCCUCACAUAAACUUCACACUGCAAAUAUGUCCAAGUUUGUUCAGGUGACCAUGACUGGUCUUGUAAGCAGGGCUGUUGAAAUAACAGAACCAAAUCUCUGUCUGUUAGAUCCUAAGCAACAUGUGGUGUUAAAGUCUCUGCAUCCACCUACUCAAUCUUUGGUGGUCUGUACAGAUCAGUCAGCUAGUUAUAUGUGGGAAGUUGGAGUAGAUUAUGAGCAAGAUGCAACACCAACACUGAAACUUGAAUUUUCUGUGAAGUACAGGCCCCUCAAUGAAAUUAACGAACCCUUAGAAGAGGAAGUUCGAACCUAUGCCUCAUCAUUUGAUUUACAAGAUUAUAAGACUUUGUAUACUAUCCGAGCAAGAGUAGAACCCAGCAAAGGAUCAGAGCUGUGUCGAGCUGGAAACAUGUGCCACUUACAUAUUGCCUUACAACAAGUGGCAGUAUCAUCAACAUCAGCUGAUAGUGAUGGACAGGAGUUGCAACCAUCAUCUCAUUCCAUUAUGUAUGAAGUCCUUGCAGAUCAGACAAUGUGGGCUGUGUGUGGCAGAACAGCAGGUGUCCUUACUCUUGAAGGUGGAGUACGCCAGAGUGUUAUCUUAGAUGUUAUGCCCUUAACAGGGGGAUUCCUACCACUGCCAUCUGUGCGCCUUUCAAAGUACAUUCCAGCUGAUAGCAGACAGCCAGCCCCCAGAGAUGGAGGGAGAAAGAAUGAAUAUGUAGGGAGUGCCUCUUCUGUCCCCCGUCUAGAGCCAUUUAGUCCUGGCCAGGUUUACAACUUUAGUAAGGCCCAACAAGUUCAUGUCCUACCUGCUUCAAAUAUGGCUCAGUCUGAUUUGUCCGUAACUUAAAUUUGUUUUCAUUAAUUCCUUUAUAAAUAAUUUAAUGCUAAUUUCAUAUUUUUAAUUGUAUCAAAUCAUUUCUAUUACUGGCUCUAUGAUUAGCCAUCUUCCCAAGAGAAAGCCAUAAUGGCUUAGUCAGAUACCUGAAAUAAAUUGCCUUCACAUUUGUUUCAUAUUCAUGAAAAAGGUGUCCAGAGAACCAGUCUUCCCAUCCAUUGGCUGGGCCCGAGUACAACCCAGUAUCCAGGAAUCGUAUGAAGUUAGCUGAUUUAUAAUUCAUUUCAGGUCUAGCCCAUCCAUGUUAAUCAUGAGAUAGAAAGCUAAACCAUACAACAUUUUACAUUAUGUUUUUAUGAAAGAACUGUUGGUAUAGCCACAUAAUACCUUAUCUCACUGAGGACUCAUAAAGAAAGGAAAUCAAGAGGCCUGUGUCAAAGGAAAUAAUUAAACUUGUCUCUUGAAGGAAGGGAGUUCAUUAGAAGUAAGAGAAGAAUUCUUCAACCUGGCAAUAAUAUGAAAGGAAUGGUCACCAAAUCAAGCAAUCCAAAGAUUUGUAACUUCCAUAGACUUUGUAUGGGAGGCGCUUUGUGGUUGCCUGAGAGAAGUUCGUUCCUUCAGCAUAAUAAAUAGUAAUUGAUAUAUAUGAAUAGUGAUUAUAAAAAAGAAGCAGGUGUGGGACCUCUUGCGGUAGAGAGAAAGGAUGUAGAAAAGUUGUAAAAGCAGCAUCAUUGAAUUCAGUCAUAUCCAUAAGGAAAGAAGCAGCAGCAUGCAAAAAAUGAGAGUAAUUCUCAAAAUGGAGGAUGAUUAGAAACAUGUGUGUUUAAUGAUUAUUUUCCCUUCUAUCUAUUGAGUAUUGUGAGUUGAAGUGAGACAUUCAUUUUGGUCUUUGAUGAAAUCUCCCAGAUAGAAAACACCAGCGUAUUGGUGAGCUAGCAAAGACUUAUGGCAGAAAGGAAGACUUAAAAAUAAUAAAAAAAAAAAUGUUAGAAUUAAAUGAAGAGUAAAACUGGGUACUAAUGGUAAAUAUGAUAGGAGCUUGUAGCCAUAUAGCAUCAUGCAUGAAGGAUUCAGGUUCCAAGUGUGGUAAUGU